AUGUACAGGAGCGGAAACAUCACCGCCAGGAUUUUCGAGCGCCAGAUCCUCACGCCCCGACCGGGGACCAGUGUAUGCGCCCCCCGGAUCUUCCUUUUUCAGUUUGGCAAUUCCGUCCGUUGUUGAAGUUGAGCAUUAUAAAACGCUAUUCUACCGAGGUGUGGAGAGAGCAGAAUAUGGCCUAGGCGGCACUUUACAUUAUCUGAAACCAGCAGUUGUACUGAUCCUUUGCUUAUACGUGCAGCAAUCCCUAUACGGAAAAGAGUCCCGUCUCCGAAAAACUUCGAUUUUAGUGAAAUAUGCAAUCUGAGGCAGUUUAUAUUGUCCUCGAACCUUGGAUCACAUGACGCAGACAACUGUUUCAAAAGCCAAUAUCCUUUGUGAAUUUGUUGUGAGAUUCACUCCUUUCCAAAGAACUUCUGUGGUAGUGCAUUUGAUUAAUCUUAGAACGACUAAUUGACGGUGGGCUAAAGGUUGGUACAAAAUUUGAUGGCACAGUGUUCAUUGUGAAAACUGAGACGAUUUCACUGGUAUAUGAAAAAUUUACUGUAUCUAUAGGAUAUUAACGUUUCAUCAUGUAGUGUGAGAGUGAAUAAAAGUACGUGGUUUGGAAGGGCCCAUUUUAUGGUGCUUUCCUCACGGAAAAUUCUGCUCCUUCUCCUUCUACAGUUCAACAUGAUUUUAUAGGUUGCGGCUGUUGUGGACCUUCCAUUCUUGUUGGCGAGAAUGACCGAUGCCUUUGGUGGUAUGCGAAACUGUCAAUUAUAGAUAAGAUCACACGCUGUAUGUGUUCUUUGGGUACAGUAUCUCUAGAUUGAUCUAGAAAAAAAUAUUACUUGUUGAUAUUACACUGUGGUGAAGAUUCUAGAUACUUAACAAACUAAUGAUCUUUAAGAAUGUUAUAAACGCGUCCAUUUCUGUGUAACCUAAAGUAGUGUACCAUUUCACUGUUUUCAUUCUGUUUAUUUUGCUGCCAGUCACAAGGAGGAGCCAGUUGUGUGACGGAUUUACAAUUUCUGAGAACAGAUUUGCACUACUAGGAAGAGAAUUUCCUUCUUAAUAGUAAAAAAUUGAUUAAGCAUCGCCUUGCUUUUAAGAGAUAUAUUUUAUAAUUUUCUGCCAUCGUUCUAUAUCUGAUACACACGCUCUAGUUCUAUCUGUAGUUCUCUCUCAAAAUCAUUGAUGUAUCUAUAACUUACAUGAAAUUUUAAAUCCAUGUCAAUAGAUGAUUUGAUGCUUCUGAUUCCUCAACUAGUGAUAUCUUUUCCUUAGUUGUGUGCAUCUACCAUCUGCUUAGUUCUAAACAAUGGCAAUAAACCAUGAUGAGAUCAUGGUUGUUUUGUUAUACCAGAUUUUUAGUGUAAGCGACAGAUUAGUCCAUGCCAAUGAAAUUUUACAUGAAAUUUUAAAUCCAAGUCAAUGAUGCAUCUGAUGCUUCUGAUUUCUCAAAGAGUGAUGUCUUCUCAUUAGUUGUGUGCAUCUACCAUCUGCUUAGUUCUAAACAACGACAAUAAACCAUGAUGAGAUCACGAUUGUUUGUUAUUCUAGACUUUUAGUGUAAGUGGCAGAUUAGUCUCAGACGGCCGAGAUUUCUGACGAUGUUGAAGCUAAUAUGGGUCUUUGUUUCCAAUGACAUUGAGUCUCAUAUUUUGACCAGGCAUCGUCAGUCUCUCCAACAUCUUGGUUUCAUUGAUUUCAUUCUGACAGAGGUGUCGAUGUAUGGAAUACAUCAUAAACUGGGAAUACACCACACAGCUGUUGGUCACGCCUAGGAGAAAGUUAUAUUGUGAUACAUCUUUGUGUACACGCCAGAUAUAUCUGAUUCAAACAUUUGAUAAGCUUCAUAAUCCUUAAAUGUGUUAUUAUUGACUGUAUAAUGCUUGAUGGCUGCUUAGACGGGGCUGGCUUGGGUUUUCUGCAAGAUGAUCACCUUAGGGUUAACUGUCAUGAGCUUAUUCAGUUCUUCAGAUACAUGGACGCUAAAUCAUAUCUGAAAUCCGUGUGAACAUUGAAAGCUUUGUUAAGGAUUAUGGAAUCCGCAGUUUGAUCUGACCACCGUUCACUGAGUCAUCCCCUAUAAAUAAUUUCCUCAAAUCAUUCCGUCCUUUUUUGUUUUAAGUUGCUAUGUUGAUCCUUUCUCAUUUUAUCUUGAGAUUUAAAUUCAAUAAUGUUGCUUAUGGUGGAGUUAUCCGUCAUCUUUUAUUCGAACAUGGAUCGAGUAAUGUACGGGAGAUGAAUUUUAUGAGUGAUGGCUAAGUUUAUCGAUGAUGGAUUGAUUCGGAAAGCUGUAUUAGGAGUGGUGGUUAAGUUUAUCUAUGAUGCAUUAAUUGGUGGAAUACUAUGAGUGAAAAACUAUAAUACUCAGUUAUUAGGAAAACCAUACUGAAGCCAUGGGAGUAGAUUAAACAUGGAUAUGAGAAUGGGUGCAAGAUAAUACAUGGAAGCUGUAUAAUUAGAUAGUUUAUUAUAGUGCUCGCAGGAAUGACAAAGUCUGGUGAAAUUACUUGGCAAGAAUCAAACGGAAAGAAUCGACCCGCCGAUCGAGAUUACACCAUGUUCUGGGAUCACCUAUGGGGAGGUCUCUGUAAACAGUUUGUAAGGACCGAGAGACAGGAAGUGGAGUAUGAACAUGGUGUAUGAGUUUUAGUCAGCGUAAGCUCAACAUACUUAUGUCACUUAGUUAGGAUCCAGUAGAUGAUGAUGAUGGUGAAGUACUUUGUUGUUCAUCUGGAAUUAUUAAGUUUGAUUAAAAUAUGACAUUUUUUUUCAGCCUAGAAUAUUUUAUGACUGAUAAAUUAUUAGAGGCGCGAUAAAUAGACUCGUCUUGGAAUGGUCAUUCUCUUCAUCAGUUGUUUUGCUCUGCUGGGCCAGGGAGGAUGUAAUGACUUUUUCUGCUGCUUGACGAUCUGACUUCUAUUUGAGCAUUGCUGAUUGUGCCAACUUGUGUUUUUUUAGUUAUGAGUUGAUGUUUCAUCAUCUCUAUGGUUCUUUAAUUACGAAUAGUAUCUUCAAAAAAUUCAUUGGCAUUCUUAUAUACUUUCUUUUUACAUAAGCCUGUAGAGAGUAUCAUUUUCACUUUGAUGUUGACAGGUCAAUUGUGCCAGACAGUUCUACGAGAACUUGGUUCCUAGUUAUACUAUAUAUGAUGUUGAUUGUCCAGACAACUCUUUCAAAAAAUUUACAGAUGAUGGCCAGUACCUGAUAAGUUUCAGCAGAUCUCAUCAAGAGUUGAUUGUUUAUAGACCCACUUGGCUGUCAUUUUCAUUUAAGGAGGAAGAUUGUGGGUCUUGUGAUCUGCCUCCCAAAGCUCAGAGGUUUGACAGCUUCUUCACCCAGCUUUACUCUACGCCAAUUGCAUCCUGCAGCGAAUUUAUUUGCAAAGACUUCUUCCUCUAUGUGGAGAGUCAUCAGUUUGGCUUGUUUGCAACUUCAACAGUGCAAAUUCAUAAUGCCCCUGCCCUGGAGGGUGCAAUCCCUGGGGUCCCAUCAAUUGAGAAGAUUACUUUUCACCUCGUGAGGUUUGUUUGUUCACGUAUAUUGUUGACGCAAUCAAGAGUCAGGCUUUAUUUUUGUUUUCAUAUCAUUAACUAUAGUCGAAUCAGCAGAUUGGAAGAUGGAACUAUUCUUGAUGAGAAAGUCUUUCACAAUGACUUUAUCCAUCUGCCACAUAACAUGGGAGUUUUCCUAUAUGAUGAUUUAUUAUGCAUCAUGUCUCUACGUUACCAAGCCAUCCACAUUCUUCAAAUCAGAGAUUCUGGGAGCCUUGUUGCUGUACGGACAAUUGGUAAUUUUUGUCGAGAAGAUGAUGAACUUUUUCUUAGUUCCCAUUCCCAGGCAAGUGCAUUCACAAACAUUUUCAUUGCAUUUGUAUGGCUGUGAUUAAUUCAUCAAACCAUUGCAUCAUCAGGGAUUCAAAACUUUGUUUCGAUUACAAGCUAUUUAUCACAUGACAGUCUACCGUAUUUUCAAAACGCUGCACCUCAAUGUAUCUUUCAGAUAAAGACGAAUCUUAAACAUUGCUAUUACUCUUUAAGAAAGAUGCUUUUAAUUAAAGCUUAAUCGAAUUAAAUCAUAGCUUUCUCAAUGCCAAGAUUCUUCACAGUUGGGAUGCAUGCUGUCUGUUUCUGGCUUCAGUUUUGUUUCUAGGAUACAAGGGCGACUAUGGAUGCUAUCAGCAACAUGGCCAGUUGAAUGUCCAACAGAACUAAAAAUGUAUGAAAUGACAAGAGAUACAACUUUGCAGGAAGUAAAACUCAAAGAGUUCAAACAUCCUUUGAGAAUUGGAAUGGAAAAAGUUCCAAGCUGGGGAAGAUGUCUAUUAUAAAAAGGAAACUUCUUGAUUGAUUAAUAUUUUUAGUAAAUACUUUCUAAGAUCUAUACCAAAAUAUUUUUCAUGCUUUUUCUUCUUCAAAAAUUACAUAUAUAAUUCCUUGACAGUAGAGCUCUGUCAUCAUUUUCCUUGGUAGAGUUGAUAAAUAAGGAACUAUCACAAGAUAUGGAUCAUCGACGAACAUUUAAAAAAUCUACAGUGAAAAUUAAACUAAUUAUUCCAUGGAGUUGAUCAGAGUAUUCAAUUAAUACUAACCAUGAUAUGGAAGAGACAGUGGUGCUGAAAAACGAUUGCAGUCGAAAUCAGUGCCAGGCAGCUGAUUUGAAUACUUUGGUCUUCAUGUUGCUAGUACCAAAUUGUUUUGUUUUUAGUAUACUCAGUUGCAAUCAUUACUGGUUCGGAGUCCUUGUUGGUUCUGAACUGUUUCUUCCAGUUGCCUUGGCACCAACCUCCACCAUUUUCUCAUAGAGAAACAAAAUCUGUAAACAACUUUUUUCUUUCUUCCUUGCUGUUUAGAUAAGAUUUAGUUUCAGUGCAGCUAACUAUAAAUUCUUAGGUUUAUUUCAAUUUAACUUUUAUGACAUUUGCUAAUUUUUAUUUAUGUGUUUACGAAUGGUUAUUUAAUGCCUCAUGUCAUCAAACAUUUCAGUUCUUCAUUUGUACCUUUGUUGUCACUUGCCUCAUCAUUAUGCCUAUACAGUUUGUCAUCUCCCAUUUCCAAAUAAUUGGGUAUUGUAGAAUGCUGCCUGUCUCAGAAAUUGUUGUCCUAUCUCUCAGUGUGCUGCAACCUUUGAUAACUCAAGAGAAGAUUCUCCAUCCCCCCCUACCGAAGAAGAAAAUGGCCGCCAGCAACAACAGGAUUGGCAAGGGAUUUCUUUUUUGUCUGGUAUUAAGCAGCGAUUGCUUUCUUUCAUCUUUCGUGGGCUAUGGAGUGAAGAAAUAGAUAGUGCUCUGGUACCACUUCGCUAUCCAGCCUGUGUACACUUGCAUCUUAAAUUGUCACCUAACAUUUGGAUUCUGGACAUUUGUUUUUUCUUUAUACCUAACUAAUGAAUUCUUUGAAUCUUUUGAUUUUCCAAGUUUCUUUCUUAGCUUAGCUUUAAUUAUAGCUCUUAUUUACGAUCGAAAUAUUUACCAAUAGUCAACUUGUUACUCUCUGAAUUUCACUUCUGUGGUUUUAUAUGAAGUUUAUUUAAAAAAAAAACUAUCUCCAAUAUGGAAAUAAUAUCUUUUUUAACUAGGGCCGAACUUCUUAGUUUUAUCUAAAUAUUUCAAUGCUUAUCCAGAUGUUAGUAAAUAUGAUUUGCUUAAAUUAUUUAACUAGAUCUUAAUUACUGUCAGCUUUGCGAUUCUGACUUAUUUUUUGUUUUUAUAACUGUGUUGAUUGGGAAAAAAUCAUGUUUGAUGUUGAUUUGAUCAGCCAAAUCCUUUACUCUCUACGGAUCUAAAAUCUAUUAUCAAGGGAGGUAGUUUCAGUAAUGUGUUGAAAUAGAAAUUAUAAUGCUGAAUGAUCUGGUCGUACUUGAAUCAGUCGAUUCAGAGAUGUCUGAGUCUUUGAAGAGACAUUGGCCGUUUCUCGUGUUAUUGUGGGGGAUCAAUGAUAAAUGUAAAAUUGAGACAAAAAGAAGCUUACUUUUGGGACUAGCUAUUUCUGUGGACUGCUGGUGUCAACCUUGGCUCCUGAGAACGGGGGAUUGUGGGUCACUAUAGGCUGUCUAACAAUGUCAUGAAUGCUCAUAGGAAACGUCAAAUUAAGCUGAUCAUAUUUUUAUGUUUUUGCACUAAAAAUAUAUUUUUUAGACAAUAUAUAUAUUUUUUGUGCUCUUUUAUUGACUGGAUUAUCCUCUCCAAACUUUGUUCCUUUAAGUUGAUUUCAUCUAAAGUCUGAUCCAAUACCAUGCGGUUUGGAGUUUCUUCGUCUCUCAUUAAAUAAAUGAGGUUAGCCUCCCAUUGUUGUUGGAUCAGCCAAUAUUUUGACUGAAGUUUACCUGCAUUGGUAGUUUCAGGAUGAUUCUUAUUUGACAUUUCUUUAUCCAUAAAUGGGUGAAUUAAAAGCCUUGCUCUUAAAACUUGAAAAGCUGAUGCUAAGCUUGAUAAGCUGUAGUCAGGAAUCUUUAAUAUCACUUUGCUUAGGAUCUACAUUAACCCUACCGUAACUCUUGCGGUAUGGCUAUUUGCCAGAUUCAUCACGAGUAAAAAAUGUUCUUUUGAUAGCUUCUGAGUAUAGACAUCAAAGACAUCAUUGUAGUUCUGAUGCUCAUCCUUUGUUACUGGUUUAGAAAAACAAACUAUAUGAACAGAAAUUCAUCAAAUGAUGAGCCUCAUGAAGAUAUGUGGAUCUUUUGUUGAAUAUUUGGAGACACAAGAUGUGGCGAUUUAUCUUGCAUGUGACAUUUUGGGCCUCGUGGUGGGAGAGGAAUAUAAUUGUAAAAGACAAAAAUGUUAUCAACUAGAAGGAUGAUUUAUGUGUAGGAUGGAGCAGUGGGUGAGGAUUUUGUUGGAACAAGUAAUCUUCAGUGUCUGUUAUUUUGGGCUUAUAGUUAAUUUCUUCAUUUGCACCAUCUUGGUGCAAAUAGGAUGCUGUCAACUUCUGAGUAUAAGAAAAAAAGAGGUUCACCUCUUGGAUCAUGAAAUCUGAAAGGCAAUCUAUUUAGGAAUUGUCAUCUCAUCUCAUCAUUCUUCUUUUGUUGGCUGCUGAAUGAUUUGUGAACACUACUGAUAUGGACUACAUUGUCAUAAUUUUAUUUGAUGGUGGAUGUUCAUACAUCUAGUGUUGAUGGAAAUUGGGGAAGAUUGUAUAUUUGCGUAAGAUUGUAAACGCAUCACAGUUAUUGACAUUAGACCACAUUUAUUUUGUAUAAUUUAUAUGUAAACUGUAGUAUGAAUGCUGACUUGAUUGAAGAAGAAUCAUCUUUCUACUUGCAAUAUAUCACAGUUGAACCGAUCUUUGAAGUACAUCAAUUGAAAAAAAACAUUUUAUCUAUAGGUAAUAUUGCUCCAAUCCUACAGUAUGAUCUGCUACAGUAUUAUCAAGAGGACUGUUCUUGGUGCUGUAUGAACAAAUGGAAUUGAGAAUUCAUGGAUAUUGUUUAUUAUCAAUAAUAUAUGCACAAUAAUCCCAUUGACAAUGAAGUUUAAAGGUCCACUCAAACGUCUACAUAGCAUAAAAGCUUCUUAAUUAUCAAUAAUACAUUGUUUAUUCUGCUAAUUUUAGCUUUUUGGAUGAUUCAUUAUUCAUACGAGUUAUGAGUAGCCAUGCAUUUUCGAGUUACAGCCACCCUCUGUUUUCUGUCCCAUAGGUUGAAAAAUGCGUCUAUCCAUUUGUGCUAAUAAACUUUGGAUCUUGUGUGUAGGUUGGAUCAGAGGACUUUUUCUCAAAAUUUACUGCAAGAAUAUAAUUCCGAUUAUUGAUGUAUUUACACAACCAUUAUUUUGUAGCCAAAAUCUUUGCAGUCUAUGCAUCUUGAUAAUGCUAACUAUUUGCAAAUUUUUUUUAGCGUGUUCAAGGCCUGAAGAAGAAGUUCUACUUUCAUUUUCAAGAUUAUGUUGAUCUUGUGAUGUCCAAAGUAAGCAUAAAAUGCUACCUUGUUGUACUUCAUUUUUCGAUUUAUUCAUUUUCAAAUUAUUGUUUAGGUGUUGCCUACUCAAGAAUUGAAACCUUCAGAAAUAAAUUUAGCAGCAGGUAUGGAAAGGCAGAGGGUUCAUAAUUUUUUUGAGCGGGUAUGCAUUCAUAACAGGCAUUUCGUAGACUUAAUUGGACAAGGAUACGACUAAUGGUAAAUCCAACAGUUUAUCCAAAGCACAAGGCGAUGAUUGUAUUUUGAUUUAGUUUUACUUUAAAGCCCUGAAGAUCAAAUAGUGGUUAUUUGUUAGCCUGGCAAGCACUUUGUGCUACCACAUGUAAGUUGAGGUUAAGUUGAAAAGAGGUCAUGAAAUUCUGUGCAAUGAUUAGACCCUUUAUUUGAUUGAGCAAUUUUAGGGUUAUCUUCGAGUGGAUUCUCUUAGAAAAUUGAGAUUGGAUGCUACAUAUGUUAAAAAUUAGGUCUAAGCGCAUGAUAGAAUAGUUGUGACAAGUGUCAUAAUGGAAACCAGGAUGUUGAAAAAGUCCACGUCUUCAUGAUUUAUGCCCUUCCUGGCUUCUGUUCCAUUAUUCUUUUCAAUGAGGGCUUCAUCACGUCUAUGGAGGUUCUGAGAUUUGCACUCUAGCCUAUCAUGUUUUCCAAGCAUUGUUGAAGUUUCAACUGGAGUUUUCUGUUUUCUGCUCUUUGUAUGGUGGAGUGUCUGUACAUGAAUCUAAAAUUCUCUCUUUAGCCUGUACUCCAGCAUUCUUAUACAUCUUGACUUUGGCAGGUAUUGCCCACUCUAAUUUAAAAACUUUGGAAAUAAUCCACUGCUGUUUGUCUUUAAUAUUCGUUUUUAUCAUUGUUCAAAUUGAAAGCAUUGAUGCCAAUUUUUUCUGACCUGGGAAUGGAUUCCUCUCGUUUCCUGCCUUAUCAUCAAGGUCCAUGUCUGUAUCUUAAAUGCAGUAUUUUAAUGGAACUUCUCAGAUUACUUCCAUUACUGUUCAGAGAGCUCUUGUUCGCCAUAGACCUGGAUAUAUAUCGCCCAGUUUCUCCUGAUUUCCUAAAAAUUCUCUUUCGCGUUCAUCCAUUUUCAAAACUGAUUAUUUUUUUUUGUUACGAUGUAAAGGUACAGUUCUUGGACCGUCAUCAUUUACUGAUCAAGUUUGGUAGUGUAGAUGGAGUGGUAAGUACAAUGUACUCUAAAAUAUUUUUUGAUAAGACUGAUAAUGCAAAAUUAUUUAUUAUAGAAUAAGUAUAUCUGGAUGUAUGUAUUGUAGAUUGAUUAUGAUCACAUGGACGUUGUCUCUUAUAUCUGUCAGGUGUCUCGGAGUGCAGAACAAUAUCCUGCAUUCUUUGCUGUAUAUAACAUGGAAACUACAGAGAUAAUUUCGUUCCAUCAGGUAAAUGUUCCUUGAUUACUGGCAUAUUAUGAGGUCACUUCUUUUACUUCUCUAUGCUAACUCAAAAAUUCUCCUCCUCAUGUUUAUGUUUGUUGCAGAAUUCUUCAGAAGAGCUUUAUUACCUGUUUGAGCAAUUCUGCGAUCACUUUCUUGUAGCUUCAAGAUAUUCUUCUCAUGUCAACUUUAUAUCUUCUCACUCUAACAGUAUUCACGCUCUUGAACAGCUCAAUAGCAUAAAAAACAAAACUAGCAGCUUUUCACAGGUAAAUUUCAACUCUGUUUGAGCUCUAAACUAUAUUCCAUUAUAAUACUUGGUAAAAAAACCAUGAAUAAAGCUUCAUGCAUAUGCUUCAUAUAAAUAUUGUCAGGUGUUUGUCUUCUGGAGGGUGGGAACUUGAGUGAAGAGCCCUGUUGGAUGGAGUGUGUUUAAAUGGGCGGGGUGUGGGGAUAGUGUUCUGUUACACUCCUGGGCUUCUGGGGCAGAUUCUUCUUAACUCCUGGCUUUUCUCAUCUAAUCACUUGGUUCAUUCGGACUCGUUUUCCAGGCCUCAGCAAGUUUUUUCUAAAAAUUAAUGCACUUAAAUACACCUUCAUCUUUCAUUCCUUAGUGUUUUCUACAGUGACAGAUGUAGUUUUUUCUUUUGUGAUUACGUUCCUAUCCACUUCUAUGCUGGCACCAUUUCCAUCUUUUGUUUCGUCACUGUCUUUCAGUUACCUACAAGCUCAUUCCUCUCUCUUUCUCGUUUUUAGUUGUCUUGAAAUGUUCUGUACUCUCUUUGAGACGUCGGAUCAUUCCCAUCUAGAAAUAUAAUAGUUGUUCAUAAAAUAUUUCGUUAAUCGAUCUAAACUGAUUAUGAAAUUAAUAUUUUUUAAUUAAAUAAUUUUUUUGGUUCAAUAUUAACUGAUAGAUGCCAAGUGGCAAGCCAACAUGUGUCUAUGUAUGGUACAUGCAGGUGUAGGACAGUCAGAAACUGUAAUGACAGUAAGAUAUUGAAUGGAAAGUAGAAACCAGAAAGAGAGAAAUAGAGUAUCCCAUAUAGCAAACUUUCAGACAAACGGAAGGGACAAAUGUGAUAAGGGAGAUGGCUAGAUUAUGCACCCCAAACCCAGACCUCAGCCCUCGUUAUUCAUCCCAAGGGGAUACAAGUUUAGUAUGUAGAAAACAUGGGAAACUGUUUAUGGAAACUACAGCUUUAAAUCAAAGGAUAGUUGCAUACCCCAAAAAUCAGGAAUCCUGGUGCAGAGCAUUUUUUUUAAAAAAUAUCCUAUAUAUGGAAAGUCGAAAUAUAAACAUCUCUUGAUGCUCUGUGAGUUUGAUACUGGUAAAUCAACUACGAGUAAUUUAUCUAUGAGAAACUGAUGGUAGACAUGCUGGUGAGAAAAGAAGCUGAUCAUAGACAGCCCGAUUAUAAUGACAAUCAAUUUCGUUAUGUUUAGUCCGUUCAUGAAAAAUUGGAUUCUCGGUAAUCUUGAUGGCAUUGAUGUUAUCAUCAUGUAAAAAAAGGGUGACCUAUCUAAAGAUGUCAUAGACUCCACAAAUUAUUUGAUAUAGUCUCAUAGAGAACAGAAAAUUCAUGAGGACGAUGUUCGAAUUUCUCUAAAAGUUGUGAAAACUUUCUGAGCAUGAGCAGCCGACCAUCUUUAUGCACCUAUCCUAUCACUUCCUAGUUUCCUGGUCCUGUUUCAACCAAUUAAUGCAAGAGAAUAAGACCAUUUGAUUAUUAUCGACCAAUUGAGGUCGUCAGAGGGUAAGUUAGUUUAUAACCUAUAAACGUGAAACAUAUUGGUGAUGCUAAGAUUAUGAGAAUCAAUAGUACUGAUGCUCCAGAUGUCAAUGCUUUUUACAUUAGCAACACUAACUUGGGAAAUAUUAGAAUUAAGGGUCAAGGUAUAAAAAACAUCUGAGGUGAGCGUUAUGUGAUUUGAUGCUCUAGAGUUGGUGUACCCCCGAUGUGUUUGGAGACUUAUUAUCUAUGUUAUGGAUAAUACGGAUUGAAUCACUUCGUAGGUAGAUUCUGGGGUGACCAUGAAGGAAUCUGUUGAAAACUGAUUGGCAGUGCACAUUGAUUCAGUAGAAGUUGAUCAACUAAUAUUCAUUUAAACCGUGUGGGAAUGAUGGGAUUCCCUAAGAAUAUGCCCCCUUUUUUGCAAGAUCUGCUGAACUUGAGUGAACUGUCCUUGUAGUGUGCACAACUUUUUUACAUGAGUAACAUCAAGUAUUUCGAAGAUCCCAAGUUUUUAAAGCAGUUUAGGCUGUAAAGCUAAUAACUAAUACUUCUUUUUGAAAUUCCUGACUAGCUUGAAAUAAAAUUCUAUAGCCUUCAUGAGAUACUUCUCAAAAACAUUCCUCAAAUUUUGGUACUGGUUUCGCAUUCAAGUAGGGUAUCAUUUACUUUUCUCUUAUUAAUUACCUCAUACAGUUUCAAACUCAAGGCUUAGCUUCAUGAGAAUGUGCUCUCUCAUAGAAGGCCCUUGUAAUACCCUUAUGAAUGCAAGAACAGCUUAAGGAAUUUGCUCUUAUAGAACUGAAUUGCUUUCUAAAUAUAAGUGCAUAAAUUCAGAGGAAAUGCUUGGACUGUUUCAGUUCCCUGAUUUUACUCAUUUCUUUCCAGUUCAGGUACGCGUUAAUAUCUGUUGUUGUUGUUUGCAUAUCCAUUCAGCAAUAUAAUCUAAAGAUAAUAUAUGCCUAAUCGAAGAUCUGAAACAAUGAGAGAAACCUUGGGGGCUUAAUCAUGGCUUGAAACAAUGAGGAGAAGCAAUAGAGCUGGCCAGAAAUAGAUGUUAAAAGGCUACGAGAUAGAGAAGCUGAGAUCUGCACGCCUAAAACCAGAUUUUGCAUUUACAACGAAGAUCCAGAGCUCCACUUCCUUUUCUCAACGUGGACUGGCUGUAAUACCAUGACAACUGAAGGGAACAAAAGUGCUAAAUGAGAUGGCUAAAUUGGUCACCCGAAUCUCGGACCUCAGCCUUAAGUACAUCUCAAGAGAAUACUAGUUUAGAAUGUCCAUCAAAGCAAAAGAAGUCCUCUGGUUCUGCCCCUAAGAAAUUCUUGCAGCCUCAUUUAUAUCCUUUGAAGUCUGUUGUUCCAUGUUACCAUUUCAUAUUUUGAUCCUACUUACAGAAAGGACUCAAGAACCUGCCUACAAAAGCUAGAUGAAAGCUAAAAGAAGCUAUUUACUGAUUUUUUUUACUACAAAUCUGCAAUCGUAGUGCAAAAAAUCCACUUCAUCAAAGUUGGGCGUAGCAGAUGAAGGAUUUCAAUCAUUUCAUUUCAGAAACAGUUGAAGAUGGAAAACUCAACUCAGGCCAUCCAAGAGGGAAGAUGUUGCUGAUGUCUUCACAAAAAUCUAUCCUACUGUUUUGUUUCAAUAUUAUCUUAUGCCAAUUUCACAUGAUUCGGAUAGGAACCCGAAAAAGAGAUAAAUAUUAUAAAUAGAAGAACAUGAAUAGAAGAAAAUGGAGAGUGGUUUCCGGCAGAAACCGUAACUCCUGUCCAUGUUGGUUUUUUCUGACCAAUUCUCUCCUACAAUGCUGCUGCCUGAAAUUCUAAAUAGUCCUCCCUGCCUUCCCGUAACCAGCCCUAAUACCUCAUUCUCCCCUACCUAACAUUUAGCUAAAUACCCCCCAACUUAACCCUCACAUGAACCUUCUGCCCCCCUAGUCCUCCUAGAGUAAUUUACAUUUAUUGGGGGUCUAACAUCACUCUCCCCUACAAGAGCCACCUUGUCUUCAAGGUGAAAUUCAAGAAAUUGUUGUUGUAGUGUGGUCAUAGAGUUUCAAGUGGCUACAAGGGUUGGUGGGUUGUCUCGUUGGUGAUCAAUGCUUCCGGUCCUGCGGUCUUCCGCCCAAUAUGGUUCUUCUGUUCCUUAUCUGAAUUAAGUUCGGUCCCUCGAUCAUCUUCUGCACCAAUAGAAUUUCCAGCUCUCUUUUACAAGUGUGUUCUAGGCUAUACUUUUCAUUGCAGGAGAAGUAUAAUCCUUUGGUUCUUCUUUCUUGUAUCUCGGCCACUUUAUCAGAUUGUUGGUGAUUGCAAAUCCAUUUUCUAGUUGUAUUCAAUAGUAGUUCAGUGGUCUUGCUCGAUUUAGGAGUCCUCGGAAAUUUGAUCUAAAUUUCUGGGCCCUUCACGAUCCAAGAACGUGCUUGAUGCUCCAUAAAGGCCUAGGUGAUCUAGGUCAUUCAAGUCCCAGACGGACCUAACUGUUCUUUCUUUUCUUCUGUUAACUGAGCAGUCUUCAUCACUUUCUCUAGCUUGAUUUCCCCUUUUUCUUGGGAGUUUUUCCUUUGGGGUCCACAGUUUCUUGGAAUUGCAGCGAACAUUUCAUCAAUACCUCCAUUGACCUCAUCUGUUGAGUUCUGUUGCAAUCCGUCCAUUAUGUGUUCUUCUCUAUCACUAUUAAUCUUUGUAGAUCUGCUUCGAUUUUAGCAGUCUUUGUAGCUUCGCCUCUAUCCCUAGCAUAUGCCUUGGCUUCUUUUUCUAAUCUUUUAUAUCUUAUUCUAGAUGCUCGACGCAUCUGUCAUAGGUCUUGGGCACCAUCAAACCUCGCUCUGAUACCAGUUUGUAAGAACCUAAAACAGAGAUGAACGAAUUACUAGAAAUUUACCUACAAAUGGAGAUUGGGUUCCAGCAAGAACCCUAGAUCCUGGCCAUGUUGGCCUUUCGAGAGGACCAACUCUCUCUUGUAAUGCCACUGCGUGAAACUCUAAACAGCCCUCCCCUCCUUCCCAUUACCAGCACUAAUACCUCCUCCCCUGCGUAAAAUUUAUCUUCAUACCCCCCACUGAACCCUCUGGUGACUCUCAUACCCCCAUACUCCUCUUAGAGUAAUUUACAUUUAUUGGGGUCUAACAGAUUCAAAUGAAAGUUUUAUUGUAAAAUAAUGGUAAAGACUUCAACUCGAUUAGGGUUCAUUUUUCAGCUGUUUAUCUCCUUCAUUUUGGUUCUCAAGAAUCAGGAGUAUUGAGUUAGUUGGGAAAACUGGGUCCUUUGUUUGAAUGUAAAGUUGAGAGGGAACACUGUUAACAGGUUAGGGUGCCAGACAAUUACAACCAGUUUUUGUCAACUUGAACUCACUUGAAGUAGACCAGAAUUCUUUCAUUUUGCAUUCAGUUCCUAUCCGUCUCUGAAUUUAGAAUAGAACUACUAGUAGGCCUUAAUGAGCUAAUUGCGUUUUUCAUUGUCCGAGUCUGAUCUAAAUCAUGGAGGUUAUCAGAACGCAUGGGCAAGCUGUGAGGUGACCUAAAGAGAGAUAACUCAUUAUUAAUGCUAUGAUAUUUAAAAAAAAUAAAUUAGUUGGAUGUUUUUUGGUUAAAAAUAAUGGGAACAAGUUGACUUAGGCACCCCAUCCAUGAACGGUUUAUCAUGAGAAUCCUACAAUAUUUCAAGACCUUCUAGUUUUAUGAGCCAAAAUUCGUCAUCCUACAAUAUUCCAAUGUCCAUCAGUAUCCAACUCAUUCUGCACGUAGUACACAGCUCUGGCGAAGUCCUGCACCUUGACCGUGGUUUUUCCAAGCACCUUUCGGAUUGUAGUCGUGCUUAAUCAUCCUUGCAUUAUAGUUCACUGCUUUAUUAUUUCACAUCCAUGUUCGUUGUCAAAAUCCCAUAUAAUUUAAGUCAGAAAUCUUGCUUGAAAUGGGAGUGGUUAGAGAAAAUAUUUGAAAGUUGGACUUCGUGCUGCAUCAAUUUUACAAAAUCCAUAGUUUUUAGCAUAGUAUGGUUGAGAAAAUCUUACAAGUUACUAAAUAGAUCUUGAUUGCUAAUUAACUGUAAAGCUAAAGCAUCCAAGUAUUUCAACCUUACGCAUUUUAUCUUUUUAUUCUUAAAUUUAUGCUAUUCUUCUUUAUAUGAUUGAUAAAUUCGAAUGUUCUUGUACUUUUCUGUAAUUCUUGUGUGCUCCAGGAUUAUCUAUUUUCUGAUUUGUUGAACUUUUUCAACUUUUUUUCUGUAGUUUGUGAGAAAGAUGUUAGCUUCCUUAAAUUUUGGUUGCCAGUCGCAAAGCCCUUCACCAUAUCUUGACCAGUCUCUUUUCCGGUACGAUGAGAAGGUAAAAUACUGAUUAGCUGCUUAAACUGGAUUGCCUGUUGGAAGAGAUAUGCACUUAUUUCCAAAGAACAAGUGUUGCAUAAUUUUUUUGUAUAAUGACUUAAAGGUGUACAUUGUGUGAACAAGCUUACUUCUCUAUCAUACUGACUCCUGAGCUGCCUAAGGAUUAAUGCAUGGGGAAAGAGUCCAACUGCAUGGAGAAAGGAUGGACACAUCUGAGUCGGCUGUACUCACUGUAAUCCUGUUGACUCUUACGGAUUGUGCUGACUCGCAUGUGAGUCAUGUUGAUCUGUCAGAGUCGAAGCAGCACUGAAUCACUUCCGUUAUUGUUGUAUCUCAAACCACAAUUCAGCAACAGCAACAGUCGCUUGUCCCACCCAUUGCUUUUUUCGACUUAGAAUGUGGUGAGGGAAAAUAACUGGAAGUUUAGAUCGUCCAUUGUCAUAGCUAUCAUUACCGCUAUUAGUGCUAUUUUCUUUCUUUUUUUCUUCUCCCCAAUCUUCCUUGAAUCUAGUUUGUUCUCCUGUACACCAUUUGCUGUCACGUUGCUCUUGGUCACCAUUUUGCCCGCCAGCACCCUGGGUAUGCCUUCACCUUCACAGAAUCUCACCUACCAUCACCUCUGGUGGUUGUCAGAGUCCAAUUGAACUUUACUUUUGUGUGACCUCUAAUUAAAAUAAAUUUAUUCAUAUCCAAACACCUUCAAGAGUAGUGAUCUGACUCAAAUGAGUUGCAUGAGUGGGAUGGUACUUUAACACUUUAUUUGGCUUUACUCAGUUGGACCUCCAGGCCAAGAUGAUUAGAUUUCGCCAAUCUGAUUUUAUGGUGAUCUAGAUUGGGAGUGGUAGGAUUUUAUCUGACCUGCCAAUUGGAUUUUCUUAACUAUCUUUCCAUUUCAUAAUAGUCAUUUUAGUAACAAGUGAUGAGGAGAUUUUUUAGGCUUUUUCUUUAAGAAAAUAGAUACUACUAACGUAUUUAAGGAGAUAACCCUGAAAAGCAGACGUAUUCUGGUGGACCUAUCACAAAACCCAUGAUCUCCUAGAGAAGUAUUUGAAAGAGACAGUUAACCGCCAAAACCUGACACUCGACUUAUUUUUCUUACUUUUUAGUCACACCGUUAAACAAGGGGAAGAGGGAAAGCCUAACCUGAAAUCUGGAAUUUUCCGUAUAAUAUCUAAUGGGUGUUUUGGGCUGAAACUAGCAAUUUCAAAAUGAUCAAGGUGCUCUUGCGUAUGCUUUUUAUGUAUCCCUCUCUUUCCCUGAUUUUAGUGUAGUUGGCCAUAUUUUACAAGGUGUAUCCUGUUCACCUAAAUGAACAUGACAGGCUAGAUUUCGUUGCAAAAUUACCAAAGAUAUUGUAAAUUUCAAUCCACAUUUACAAGAUGAAUUUGUUUUGCGGAUUCUGUGUCAUGUCGAGGUUUAUUAUUCUUGUAUCACUGCGAUCUUCUUCUUUUAAUGGUAUAAUAAGAAGUCAGAUAGUUUACUUAUUCUUCUUUCUUUGUACUAAUUGGUGAUAUAAUUUGGUUCUUACCUUGCAUCAGCUAAUAUCAGCUGUGGAACGACCAAGGCAGGUUAUUGAUCAUCCAGUCAAGUUUAUCUCUAGGCGUCAACCAAGCACCCUUAAAUUUAAGAUAAAAUCAGGUCUGAAGUAGGUUACCUAAAUUUUUAGUAAAGUUUGAGAUUUUGCAUUUUUAUCUCUCCCCCAUGGUGCGUUUGCAUGAAACGUCCACACAAGUAUAGAUUGAAAUUAUCCAUCAGGGACAAUAACACAUCCAAUUGCAACCAGCAUAGUCCUUUCAUUUUAGAUCUGUUGACGAACAUCCAGCAUCAGUAUUUUAUUUAUUACAAUGUGUUCUGUUAUAACUAUAUUUUUCGUGUAUUUUUUAAUUGUCUUCCGUGCAUAUCACGAAUCCCAAAGGGGUUCCCAGAAUUCUCUAUAUACGUUAAUUCCAAGAAUUCUUCAACACACUUCUAACACUUGUUCCACUUUUGGAAAACCUUGUGUUAUGUCACCAGAUCUUGAUUUUUGAUAUAUAAACGUUAUUAAUGUAUCUUUUUCAUCAAGGGUUUCUCCAUAAUGACCGUGAACUGUUGUUCCUGGGUAGCCAAAAAUUAUCGUCUAUCUCUCUAUUCUUAGUUACGUUGGGGUUACAAAGACAUAGUGGCAGCUAUUUCACUGCCGAAAUCUUUAUAUCCGGAUUAUAUGUUGAGUUGGAUAAGCCUGCAAUGAAUGGUUGUAACAGAGCUUAUCUAUGGGAAUACUUUUUAUCAGUCGGUGGAGCUCUUGGGUUCGGUAAACACCAGGUGGAGCCCACGCCAGCCCUAGAGGAAUGCUCUUGGAUCAAGUGACAAGAUGGAUCCCUUUUCACUCUUUGUCACACUGAUUUUUCGGCGAGAAGCAACCUUAUAAUUGACAAGUCCAAGAAAUUCGGUAUUCUCGGUUUUGGGAAGUUGAUGUAGAAACUUCUGUGCUAACUCGCAAAACUUUGGCAUGCACAGAGCUCCACUAAUUUUUCACUGCUAGCAAAUGACUGUGUUAUUAGUUACUGGAGCUCUGUCCAUGCCAAAGUUUUGCCACUUAGUAGAUAAUUUUAUCUCAACUUCUCAAAACCUAGAAUACUAAAUUUCUGGCACUCGUCUGUUGUGAGGUUUCUUCUCAUCAGCAGUUCAGUCUGACAGAGUGAUCCACCUGUUUACUGACCCAAGAGCAUUCCUCUAGGACCGUCGUGGAAUGAGAAUAGAGAGACCUUGAUCCGUCCAGAGAGAUCCAAGUGCAACAGAACAGCAGUGUUCGCAAUGUCUAGGAAGCAGCCGGUUCCAAGAUAUCUAUAAGAACAUUUCAAGGCCAAGAGUUUGCAGGAGAGAAGGCGACAUAAAGCUUGGCAUGUCUAAUUGAAUCAGAUUGCCGGAUCAGCUGGUAUCUAUCUGAUCCGGACUUGGAUAAAAUCAGUUCAAUCGGCCUUUGAGGAAGAACAAAAAAGUUUAAAUCAAUCAGAAGAUGUGUUUCCCAAUUUGUAAAAUUCCUAUUUAGAGUAGAAAAAAUAGUAUAAAAAUGAACUUUUUCCAAAUGAAAAUAUGGAAACCUCCAGGGCUGAUCGUGGUGAUGUCCUUGUCUCACAUCAUUGGUCAAGGCAGGGAGGAGCACUUGGUCCAGGCAUAUGGGGCCCUUUUCUUCUUUUCUCUCAUAUUCUUCUUUUUAUAUUCCCCUCUUUUUUUUUCCCUGACAUCUCCACUACUCUCUGAUAAGUCGCAGAUGUGCUGGUUGGAAAGCCAAUCUGACGAUUUUCGUGGACAUUGUUAAGAAAUGGUUUAUUUUUAUACUAUUUUUCUACUAUAAAUAGGAACUGAACUGAAAUUCCCAAGCUGCCGACUUCAGAUCUCUAUUCUGAGGAGGUGGCUUGUUUUGGCUCUUUGGCUCAUAAUGAUUGCUACAAGUUAUGACAAACUGUGAUGCUUUCUUGAUGAUUUGAACAUAGGUGAAUCGAAAUUAUCUGAAGAUCGACAGAACUUACAGUCAUAAUUUUCAUUUUUAGCUUCAGUAAUACUGGGCUGCAUGUAAGUCUCACCCCACCCUUGUCGCCUUACCGGCCAGGCAGUAAUCCACUGAUUUUCUGGCUUAAAUCGCAUGGACAACUAUUAAUAAGUUUUCGUGCCUGUUAAGUGGCCAAAAUCUACAGCUCUAUGUUGCAAGUUAGAUAUGCUAGGCAGCGGCCUAUUCCAUACAGAUCAAUCAACACAGGCAAACUAGAACGAGCUCUGGUGGGGAAGAUUCCAACAUGAAUCUACGCUGUGUGGCCAUCUAGUUUUCAUUCCAAACUCUUCCCACUUCUUAUCACUUUUCAGGUAGCCAAUGUUCAUUGGGUGUUCCUUUCACUUUUAGCUAAUAUCCUGAAUAUUAAUCAACCAUACAGUUCUCUUAAUUUUGCAUACCCUGAGGCUGUUUAGCUGCUGUUACUGCACAACAUCUGUUUUUUCUUUCUGACUUUAUCCUUCGGUCUGUACCAUUCCUGUGGCAUAAAUUCUCAAUACCAAAUGCUAAUACCACAUAUAGCUGAAUCAGUGAGAUUGUGUCCCUUCUGGUGCCUUGUGCUAGGUCCUGAAGCUGGCGUGGCAGACAAUCGGACAAAGAGGAUGUCAUCUUUCCUAUUCCACCCCAUACUACCAUUUGCUCUCUCCAUCCAGCAGACCAACAUGCAACCGACUGUUGUCAAUGUUCAUUUCCGGAGAUGA